AUUUAUGAAUACAGUCCUAUAUCAACUUAGCCAUUUUAAUUAUUAAUUACAGUUUGAUUUUAAUUAAAUUUGAUUAAAAACUUGAUCUAACGAACCUUUUGGUGUGGGAAUAAACGGGAAUCUAUGAUUCCACAAAAAGCAUAUCGAGUAUUUAACGUUCCUACCAAAAAUAAGCUAUCGUGAUGCGUGAGUGGAACCAGUCGGCGUGAAACCAGCUGAUGAUGGCGCUGAGGAACGCAGGCGGCGGAGGGGGCGGUGCGCGGGGGAGGACGUCGGACGCGACGGCGGCGCGCGCCCUGGACGAGUUUGAUACCCUGGCAGGGUUGAGGAGAAGUGCUUAUGUCUUGGAGCAUCUCGCGACCUUCACUGUCACACGCGAGACGGGCAUCGUGUAUCCCGCAGACGGCAUGAGACGGCUGUUGCAGUUGGAAAAGAGCAACGGAAUAUGGAGUCAAAAAAUGCAGCUUUGUUUAGAAGAUCAAUGGGUCUUAGUAAUGGAUUACGAAACUGGGUCCAUAAUGGAACGCUUCCCGGCCUCAUGGGUACAUUCUCCUACCGCGUUUACCUCCCCUGAGCCUGCGGAACUGUACAACAACGUGCUGGCCUUCGUAGUUGGCGCUCCGGAAAACAGCGGUGGCAACUCACCUGCGAACGCUCGACGUGAACUCCACAUAUUCCAAUGCCAUGACGUCGGAGCUCAGACUCUGGUUGAAGAAUUAAAUGCUUUAAAGGGAGUCGGUAGCGGUGGAUCUGAGGGAGGCCGAGACUUUGUUAUUGAACGCGAAAGGGAAAGAGAGCGUGAAAAUGAAAUGGAAAGACCACGAAGACAGCAAAUGUCAGCUCAACUGGGGCGCGGAGAGCGGGAGCGCGGCGGGUCCGGAGGGGAGAGAGACGACGCCUCCUCGACGGGUUCGGAGCGACUCUAUGAACAGGAUAUCGCCAUCCUGAAUCGGUGUUUCGAUGACAUAGAAAAAUUCAUAGCGCGCCUUCAGCACGCAGCGGCUGCGUCACGGGAGCUCGAGCGGCGACGAAGAUCGCGCGGAGGGGGCAAGCGCGCGGCCGGCACCGGCGAGGGCAUGUUGGCACUGCGCACUAGGCCACCUCCAGAACGCGACUUCGUGGACGUGCUACAAAAAUUCAAGCUGUCCUUCAACCUACUGGCGCGGCUCCGAGCUCACAUCCACGACCCGAACGCCCCGGAGCUAGUCCACUUCCUGUUCACGCCACUAGCGCUGAUCGUGGACGCGGCGCAAGACGUCGCAGACGGGAGGCUACCUGCGCGCGUUGUUCAGCCCCUCCUGACCCGAGACGCGCUCAACCUACUCGCUAAUUGCGUCACGAGCAAAGAAACUGAACUGUGGCACUCACUCGGCGACGCGUGGCUCAUACCCAGAGAACAAUGGAAGACGACAAUACCUCCAUACCAACCGGUGUUCAUGGAUGGGUGGUCUCCAGACUACCAAGUCGAUGAUCAACCUUUGCGUCGGGCGUCUCCUCGGCGAAACGAGGCCGGUCGGGGAACGGAUGGGGCUAUGGUAGAGGAGGAAGGAGCCGGGAGGGCUGAUCGCUCCGAAGGCUUCGGAUAUGAUAGAGAUGAGCCCGACUUGUAUGGAGAACAAUAUGCGUCAUUUCCCAGAAACACGCGAGCGAUGGCUCGCGAGGACUCCGUCUCGGCAGCGUCAUCGCCUGAGCGUGAGGCAGCCUACAGGAGCGAUCGCGACGAUGAUGACUUAGGCGAGGCGUGGGCGCGGGGCGUGUCUGCGCGUGGAGGACGGGUGGUGCGCGUCACGUACCCACGCACCGCCAACAAUGACAAGGAGCUCACCGUCGUACGCGGGGAGUAUUUAGAGGUGCUGGAUGACUCCCGGAAGUGGUGGAAGGCACGCAACCGGCGCGGCGUGACGGCGCACGUGCCGCACACCAUCGUGGCGCCCGCGCUGUCGCCGCCAUCCUCCCCGCACCUCUACCCCAACCCCAUCUACACACAUUAUCAAGAGAGCGGCGGAAGAGGCUCCGGCGGCAGCAGUCCCACCGUUCCAGAAUCACCACGUAAUGUCGAGAAGGUGGUACCUCCACCUCCACCACCGCCUCCACCACCACCAGAACCUCCAACGCCAGCACCUGUAAUCGUGCCACUUAAAACUGACACCAUGAAGUCGACGAAGUCAGUAAAGAGCACCGGCAGUGACCUUCACGAGGAAUUGAAGAUGGUUUUACCUCAGAUCCAGCAACGCCGGCUCGACUUCAAAAAAACCCCAGACAUUUUCAUACAUCAGAAAUCGAAUCCUGACGAAGUGGCGGCUUGGUUAGAAGCGAAGGGAUUCAGCUCGACGGCUCAAAAACAGCUGCGGGUAUCUGGCCAUCAGCUGUUUGCUCUCUCACGCACGCAAUUGGAGCGUGUGCUAGGACAGGACGAAGGCAAACGUCUCUACAGCCAAGUCCUUGUGCAGAGAAACGUGUCUGGGUACAAGACGACAUCAGCGUCGGAGCUGCAGAGCAUCUUACGCAAGGUGCGCGAGAAGGUCGAAGUCUCCUGAUCGACGAGUCUCGGAACUUGCACAUGUUAAACAGUACUGCUACAGGAAACUCAGAGAAAACUCAUGACCUGUUCGACCUUCCGGAUUAUCACAGAAGUUCCUCUUAUUGCUAAUAUUAAUUUAAUAAUUUAAGUACCUAUUUAACAGUAAUAAAUUUUCUUAUAAAAAUAAUAAAUUAAUAAUUAAUAUUUUUUAAUGUAAUGUCCUUACGAUAUUUAAUAUUUAAUUACUUUUGUUAAUCAACUUUUUUUUUCUAAAUAACGAUGAAAUAAGUCAGAGAUGGGUGUUUUAAUAAAACGGUGUAUAUCAGAAAAUUCGAUUAUUUAUUCAUUUUUGUCUUAAAAUUAUAAAACAACAUAAUUUCACAGAUAAAAUUAAAAUAUAAAGCUGCGAGUUUUAUUUUUAAUAAUGUAAAAUAUAAUUAAUUACAAUAAGUAUGUAGUAAACACUUUUAACAAACGAAUGUAAUUAAUGUGUUACUAUAACAAACACAUCACCGAUCUUGCUAGCUACGCUAAGUAGAGUACUAACUUUGAUAAUAGAACUAUAUUUAUUUCCAUUUUGAGUUUCUAUUACAGACUAAUUAUAAACAUUUUGUUGUAACUUUAUGUAAAUAGUUAUAUAAAAUACAAUAUCCAUAUAUUUAUGUAGUUGCCGUAAAAUAGUCUUUUGUUUUCAUUUAAUAUCUAUCCUACCCAACCCUGAUACUUAUGAAAUAAUGUAAUGCAUUAAUUAUAUUUAAACAACACGUCUAAAUCUUACAAAAAAUCACUGGAGUAACCUCACUCUGAUGUCACUUUGCCAAUGAAUGAAAACUGUUAAGCACAUCAGUGACGUCACAAAUAGUUUUUUUUAAUAGCAUAAUUGAUGAUAAUUAAUGAUUUUUUUUUAUUGGAUCUAUUUUAUUUUAAACUGGUUGAAUUAAGUAAUCCAGGGAAUGCAUUGACUAUUUAGGUGUCAAAAUGUCUUGAAUUUUUUUUUAUUUAACACAAUCUGGAAGACCUUACUCUAAAACAAUAUAAUGCUUGCAUGUAGUGUAAAAUAUAAAUACAAUUAUAGUUUACUUAUAAUAUUUCAAGUAUUACUAAAACAAUACAGUAAAAUGUCGAAUUUGAACCUAAUUUGUGACGUCACAGCCUUUCGACCAAACAAUUUGAAAGGGACAAACUUACAUUUAUCCUCUGUUAAUUCUGUUUGAAUUCUUACAAUUAUUUUACGACCAAAUCUAAUAUAAAUCUUUCCCGUCCGAUUAAAACUAUAUCUAAUGA